AUGUUCGCCGUUCCAGGUUGGGCAGUUGACUCAACUUCCCUCGCCCAAGAAAAACCCACCCCGACCGGUGACGCCCACCCAUCUCCCACCGUUUCCGCUUCAGCCUCCAAAAAGAGAAAGAACUCAUUCUCUGACCGUCUUCAGGCCUCCAAGGUCUCAGGGACUGAGCUCGAGAAGCUAUGGAACCAGCGCGCAGGGGCCAAACCUGCCAGGACCGAGCAGGAGCCCGGAUAUCAGGAACAUGGCCACCGAAAAGAUGAACGGAACAAGGCUGGCACAGAGACCCUUCCGGCAACAGACAGGAAGAGGCGCAAGAGGGAGAACAAGGCCAAUACACAACCGACAGCAAAUGUCCGACGGCACUCCGUGCAGGACGAUCAACGGCGAAAGCCUGGGCAUGGCGAGACGGAAACGUCGUCUUCGAGACCAUCUCCACGCGAUGACAUCGCCAAAUCUCUCCCACCGGUGCCGCCAGUACCCGCGAAACUGACUCCGUUGCAAGCCAAAAUGCGCAGUAAACUCACAGCAGCCCGUUUCCGGCAUUUGAACGAGACCCUGUAUACGACCACUUCCUCAGCCGCGAUGGAUCUGUUCACCAAUUCUCCAGACCUCUUCGCCGAGUACCACGCUGGCUUUUCGCAACAAGUGAAGGACUCGUGGCCAGUCAAUCCCGUAGACAGAUACAUUUCCGCAAUCAGAACCCGAGGACAGAUCCCCACCACAGCCAACGAGUUCAAGAAGCAGCUGACAAGUAAGGACUCCAAGACUUCCUUGCAGGGCUCCCCAUUACCUCGCCGUAAAACAGGGCUCUGCACAAUCGCCGACCUGGGCUGUGGGGAUGCUCCUCUCGCCCGUGGUUGCCAAUCCGUCAUCAAAAGCCUCAAACUGAAAUUUCACAACUUCGAUCUCCACACCCCCAACACCUUGGUCACCAAAGCAGAUAUUAGCUCUCUGCCGUUGCGAGAUGGCGAAGCAGAUAUAGCGGUGUUCUGUCUCAGUCUCAUGGGCACGAAUUGGAUUAACUUUGUGGAAGAAGCGUGGCGAAUACUCCGAGGGGAUGGUAAGGGGGAGUGUUGGGUGAGUGAGGUCAAAUCCCGCUUUGCAAGGGCAAAAAGACAGCCUGGGCAAAGCGUGGAGAACAGCGUAGGUAAGAAACGAAAAAACAAACAGCACAAGAAGAAGCCUGGUGCCAGUGGUGUCGAGGAGAGCGAUGGUGAGGUCCGAGAAGAACUUUUUGCGGAAGAUUCCACGACCACCGAAGCCAGCGGAGAGGAGACAGACAUAUCUGCCUUCGUCCGGGUCCUUGCCCGCCGCGGCUUCCUCCUACGCGAGGAAAGCGUGGAUAAAUCGAACAAGAUGUUCGUGAGCAUGGUGUUCAUCAAGUCGGGGGUGCCGACUGCUGGGAAAUACCUAGGACUCAAGUGGAAUGGCAGGGAGUAUCAAAAGAUCGACGAGGUGAAGCUAAAAGGAAGAGUUCGGGCCGGUGCGGCCAUGGGUGGGCCAGAUCACGGAACGGAUGAGAGUGACAUAACGGUCGAGGAAGAGGCCAAAGUUCUGAAGCCUUGUGUCUAUAAGACAAGAUGA